AUGGGGGGGGAAUCUCUCGUUCACCAAUCGGCCCGGUCGACCCUGUCAAACCAUGCCUCGAGUUCAACCCUUAGUGUACAGGACCGUCGCAGCCAGAGCGACACAGAGCUCCAGAUCCCAGCUCUUGCUACCGUCCUUGGUACAACGGAGCUCCUGGAGGCGAUCAUGCUCCAGCUGGACAUGAGAUCCAUCCUGAAAGUUCAGCAAGUCUGUCAACGAUGGAAACAGAUAAUCACCCACUCCAUCCAACUCCAACAAGCACUUUGCUUCAAACCGGCAAAAGCCAACGCCAAAUGCUGCACAACAAACCCACUCAUCGAAGAGAUCGUAUUACCUCAGUUACUACUAAGGUCAAGGAACUUCAUAAUUCCGGGUAAAUACCCAAACUUCGAGCCCUGUUUCCGCAAAGAGGCAAGCUGGAGGAAGAUGCUGCCCCAACAAACACCCACGUCCACAAUUGGAGUGAUCGAGAUUGUGCGCCAUGAGAAAUACACGUUCACAAAGCUAGCAGUCGAGCCUGGAUCCCUGAGAAUGGAACAACUCCUCGACGCCACGGAGAACGGGGUUCUCAUGCCUACACCCAACAACCGGGUCUUCUGGACGACCGUCGCCCGAUCCCUCAAUUUCGAGAUAUGGGGACAGAACUGGGUACAGACCAAGAGUCCUCUUCCCGAGGGGGUACCAUGGAUACCAGCGAAUAUUGACUGGGACACACUGCGACUAGGCGUGGCAUCUAUGUGUCUGGAGCAGUCUGGCUGUGACUUUGUCAUUGUGUCUGAGUGGCCGCAACUCCUGUUCCAGGAUGAUAUGUGUCCCUGCCAGAAGACGAUUCUGGAUCGUUGGUUGGAAAAUACAUUUGGGAAGUGUGAGGUUGUGAUUGCUCGUGAAGAGGCGAGUCAUACAUAUGCCUUUAAAGAGGGGAAUGUCCCGGUGCUGAGGCAGUUGUGUGAGCAAUGUUGUUGUCGGAGACGCUUUGCUAGGAGGUUGUUUCUUCCAUGA